AUGGCAGCCUAUGCUCAAUUUGGCUACUCUUAUCCGACGGCAUCACAGCUGUUAGUUUCUGGUCAGCCGACAACCAACUCAGGUUCUUCCCCAGUCUCAGGUGGUGGAUCCCUUAGCCCUGGCGGAUCAGCUGGUAUUCCGGGUGCAUUAUCCCCAGGUGGAACCUCUUCCACGGGUCCAACACAAUGCUGCGAAUCCGGGCGACCUCUAGUAACAGAUCCAGUAACAGGUCAGAGCGUAUGCUCCUGCCAGUAUGAUUCUGCUCGGUUAGCGGCGCUACAGUAUAGAAACGCUAGUGUAGGCGUCUAUGGGACGCCGUAUCCUUCUACCGACCAAAACCCUUAUCCUAGUAUAGGCGUGGAAAGUUCUGCGUUUUAUUCACCUUUGGGUAAUCCAUAUGCGUUGAAGGAUGCGGGAGGAGCAGCAGAUAUGUCGGCGUGGACGAGUGCUGGUCUUCAACCUACGACAGGGUAUUAUCCAUAUGAUCCAACGUUGGCAGCAUACGGAUACGGAGCAGGGUACGAUUUAGCAGCUAGACGUAAAAACGCCACAAGGGAAUCGACGGCGACGUUGAAGGCUUGGCUCAAUGAACACAAAAAGAACCCGUAUCCUACGAAAGGCGAAAAAAUUAUGUUAGCCAUUAUCACCAAAAUGACCUUGACGCAAGUAUCGACGUGGUUUGCGAACGCAAGACGAAGACUGAAGAAGGAGAACAAAAUGACGUGGGAACCUAAAAACAAAACGGAUGACGAUGAUGACGCUUUAGUAUCCGACAGCGAUGAUAAAGAUAAAGAUGACGAUGACAAGAGAGAUGAUACUGACAUUCAUGGUAGAAUAAAAUCGGAGAGUAACAAAGAUUUAGAUGACGACGACAUGACCGACGAAGAUAGAAAAGACGACAUCCUUGGCACUAACAUGCACCAUAUCUUAGGCAACGGUUUCGGAAUGAAAUCGGAAAUGAAAACCUCUGACUGUGGGGUUCCAUUACCUCCUUCGAAGCCGAAGAUCUGGUCUUUGGCGGAUACAGCCGCUUGUAAAACUCCACCUCCUCCUCCGUCAUCACAACAGUGGCUUGGAAGCAACGGUUUCGCCCUUCCUAGUUCUAGGUACAGCGGAAGCGGCUUCCUCCCAAGUCACUGUCAACAGGGGUUUCCAGACGUCCAAACCGAUACUCCCCCUCAGACUCCUCCUAGUAUGAAACUUCCCAGUGUUGCGGGCAAUCUGAUACCUGGACAAGGUCCGUGUAUAGGGUCUUCAGGAAAUAGCGGGUAUUCUCAAUCAGGUUUUCUAGGCGGGUUUAGCAGAAUACAAUCACCUCAGAGGCCUCAAGUUCCUCAGUCGAACCAAAUGCCAGCUUCAACGACGGACAACGCUGCCUUCAAGCCUUUUUAUAAAAGCUCCCAAAGCAUGAACGGAGGGUUCGUGUCGCCAGUAUGA